CAAGGAUCAAGUUCGAUGAGUGUUUCCACGGAUGUUUCUGUCAUUUCAGGUGUCGCUGACGGUUUCUUUGUGCUCGAGCUGACGCAACAGAAGAAGAAGAAGAAGAAGAAGAAGAAGAAGAAGAAGAAGAGGCGGCGCUGCGGGGGAAAUCAAGAUGUCUGCUCCGAAAACGGUCCCGAAAGAUGCUCAGGUGAUGAUGCAGAUCCUGAAGGACAUGGGGAUCACGGAGUACGAACCGCGAGUCAUCAACCAGAUGCUGGAGUUCACCUACAGAUACGUGACGACCAUCAUCGAAGACGCCAAAAUCUACGCCACACACGCCAAGAAGUCGACCGUGGACGCCGACGACAUCAAACUGGCGAUCCAGUGCCGCAUGGACCAAUCGUUCACGUCGCCGCCGCCGCGAGACUUCUUGUUGGAGGUCGCGAGGCAGAAGAACCAGACUCCUCUCCCGCUGAUCAAACCCUACACGGGCCCCCGACUCCCCCCGGACCGCUACUGUCUGACGGCGCCCAACUACAGACUCAAGUCCAUUCAGAAGAAGGUGUCGUCGUCCAGCAGGAUAUCGGUGCCUCGCCUCAGCGUCGGCGCCGUCUCCAGCCGACCGUCCACGCCAACCCUCGGAACUACGUCGGUUCAGUCCGUCACCACAAAAGUCGGAGCUCCGGUGUCUCUGACGGGUCAGAGGUUCACCGUGCAGAUCCCCCCUCCCUCCCAGACGACCGCCACCAAAACCACGACUCCGUCCACGCCGACAGUCUCCAACGUCCUCAUCAACCCGUCGCUGAUCGGCUCCAAGAACAUCCUCAUCACCACCAACAUGGUGUCGCAGAACACGGGCAGCGAGUCGCUGAAGAGGAAGCACGAGGACGACGACGAGGACGACUACGACGCUUUAUGACGGCGAGACUGAAGAUCUUUUUUUGGUUGCUUUGUUUGAUCUUUUUCAUAACCCCUUAAAAAAAAAAAAAGACCCCUGUUCCCACUAGACACUGUUCAUUUAGGUUUUGUAUUACAUUUGUUGAGGCUGAUUAAACUUCUGAUGUGAUUUACAAUAAAACUGCAUUAAAAUGAAAA